AUGAAUACCGAACGAAUUUACGACAGUGAUGACGAUCAAGAUGAUUUUCAAGACGCCGAAGAUCUACCUUUAUCCAACAACAUGUCCUUACAUCAAGCUUUAGACGAAAGCCACAAAGCUCUGGAGUAUUUUUUCAACAAUCAAUUCAGAGAAGCCAAAAGUUUGAUGGCUCCAUACUCUAAAGUAAGCAUGUACCAUUCUCUAGGCCACUCUGUUUUCUUAUACAUGGAAGCGAUGCUUACUUUUGAGCAAACCGCUAUAAAAGAAGCUUCAAUCGCAUUGAAAUCAUCGAUGAACGUCUGCAACAAAUUCCGAAAAAAAUCCACUCUGACUGAAUCUAUAGGAAAAGUCGUAAGAAGAUCUCAUUACGAACUGUUUACCCAAUUGGAAGCCCACGCGGAAUUAUGCCACGCCGAAGCUAUGCUUCUAAAAUCAAUGCUUACUUUUAUAGAAGACGAAACGUUAAGCAGCUUCAUUAAAGCUGGUUUAAAAAUAAGAUCCUGCUUCAACUCCUACAAAGAUUGCCAUCAAAUUUUAUUAAACAGAAACUGGGAAAAAGAUCCUACGAAGAAACAUUACGAAGGUGGUGUUAGAGUUGGAAUUGGAGUGUUCAAUCUGAUGAUAUCAAUGCUACCAGCAAGAGUAAUCAAGCUUCUGGAGUUCAUAGGCUUUUCCGGCAACAAGCAAAAAGGUUUAACCGAACUUACUAUUGGCUGUGAAACCGAAGGCCUUCGUCAAAUCCUGUGCAUCAUGGCUGUGUUAGGUUACAAUUUAAUAGUCCUUCACGUUUUGAGCCAUCGGGAAGGUGAUAUAAAGCUGUGCAAAGACAUUAUCGAUAAAAGACUGUUAAAACAUCCUAAAAGUGUGUGGUUCCUAUUUUUCAAAGGACGAUUAGAAUUCCUUCAAGGAAAUUUGAAUGAAAGCAAGGAUUGGUACGUAAAAUCUUGGAAAUCUCAAAAUAUUUGGCCGCAAUUCCAUCACAUUUGCUUCUGGGAGUUAGUUUGGGUGCACUGUUUGAAUCUAGAAUGGAAGGAGGCGUUGUAUUAUAGUGCAGAACUCGUUGAACAUAGCAAAUGGUCGCGUACUAUGUACAGCUAUCAAAAAGCAGCUAUUUUAUGUAUGAUGAAAGAUAGUUUAACAUCAAAAGAACAAGGGGAAAUCGAUAGGCUAAUGGAAGAUGUGCCAAAAUACAAACAACGCAUCGCUGGAAAAUCGUUGCCAAUGGAGAAAUUCGCUCUGAAGAAAGCUGAAAGGUACUUCUCCCAGAAUAGGAAUCUAAUUUUACCAGUUGUGGAACUAAUGUUUUUGUGGAAUCUAUUUAAAAUGUUCAAAAAUCUAUCAAUAGGAGGUAAGGUUUUAACACUAAUCGAAAAAACAAUUUUAAACCUGGAUUCUAGCGGUAAACAGUCUAAAUAUUACAACGAUAACAAAGCAUUGCUUCUAUUGCUUCAAGGAUCUUGUCUCAGACAAAUGGGUAGUCCUUUACAAGCCCUAGAUAAUCUAGAAACGGUAAUUUCCAUGAAUAAAUCGAUCAUCGAAGAUACUUACAUCGUACCGUACGCUAUCGUAGAACUAGCUCUUAUAGAGUGGUACAACGGUAAUAGACAAAAAGCUAUUUUAGCUUUAGAAGAUGCUAAAAAAAAUUAUACUGGUUAUUCGCUGGAAUCUAGGUUGCAUUUUAGGAUACACACGGCUUUGACGGAAUUCAAAUCCGAGAUUAAACAUAUGUAA